AUGGCGGGCUACGAAGGAGGCUCUUCCUUGACCUCCCCGGUGUCCUCCGUGGUCUUCGAGGUCCGCUGCUCGCAGACGCGGCCGGGGGAGGCGGUCUUCGUGGUCGGAGGCCACGAAGCGCUGGGCGCCUGGAAGACGACCAUGGCCCUGCCUCUACAAACCUCGGCGGAGCUCUUCCCAAAGUGGCAGACCGUGAAGCCUGUCCCGCUUCCUGUGGGCUACAAUGUGGAGUAUAAGUUCGUGGUUCAGAAGGAAAACCGCGAGGGCCAGGUCCAGUGGCAGAACUUCCAAGGCAACUACCGCGUUUGUCCCGUUGCGGACGAAGUGCUCCUGGCCACCUCGGACUGGGAAAAAGCUUCAGCCGAGGUGUCGAGCCUGGGCCCGGCAUCCUCCACGACCUUAAAGGAGCCAGAGACAGAGGAGAAGGAUCGAGCCGUUCAGAAGCAGGAGAAGGAGGAGAUUCUUUUGAAGAUGGCAGAGAGCGGAGUCGACAAAGCCGCUGCGGAAGUGACUUCGACCUGCCCUUUGGCCGUGACUUUGGAGAAUCGCGAGAUGCGCAGGAGGAACUUCUCACAGAGCCUCAUGGCUUUGGAUGCCUCCGAGCCCCAGGCCGCCUCAGCCACUCCGGGAGCUGAAGUCCAAGCUGAAGCGAAGGAGCCGAAGGAGCCGAAGGAGCCGAAGGAGCCGAAGGAGCCGAAGGAGCCGAAGGAGCCGAAGGAGGAUAAAGAACCGGAGAACAGCGGCGGAAGUGCCGAGGCCAAGGAGAAGAAGGAGGCGGAGACUUCUGAGACGGAAGAGGCUAAAACAGAAGCCCCAGAGCUAGCUCAGGAGCCUCCCCCAGAGACGCCUCAGCAGACGCCGACUCAGGAGACGGCUCAAGAGGCUGAAGAGCCCGCCGAAGAGCCUCCGGAGCCCGACGUGGUGAUUACCCAGACGCCCUUAGAGGACACGGAGACCGAGGAGCCACUCCGGGUGCCAGAAGAGCCGGAAACGCGAGGUGUUUCACUGAAGCACAUCACGCCUCUUGUCAAGUUGGAGUCGGAAUCGAGUUUCUCAGCUUUGGCAACCGUGGCGGAUCCAGAAACCAAAGCCGAGCAUCGAAAGGGGAAGAAGACGGCACAGUCACACUACGACCCGUACAAUCUCAGCGUCCCCGUCGUUGUUGUGACCAGUGAGGUGGCACCGUACUCUAAGACAGGAGGUCUUGGCAUGGUGGCAGCUUCCUAUGCCUUCGAGUUUGCAAGGAACGGCCAUCGGACCAUGGUGGUUUCCCCCAAGUACAAGCACUUUGAAGGGAUUUCCUACGUCGGCGAGACCCGAGUUCGGGUCAACGACACCGAGGAGAACGUCAAGUACUGGCACUUGCGCAAGGAUUACGAAGAGGGCAAGGGGACCGACUUCUUGUUCAUUGAGGGGUCCGGCAUUCAAAGAGAGGGCGGGCUCUACAACGACAACGACGGUCGCGAGUAUCCAGACAACCUCCAUCGCUUCACUUUGCUCUGUCUCGCUGCCAUGGAGGCACCACUGAUUCUGGAUAUCAACAGGCAGGGCAAAUAUGGUGACAAGGUGAUCUUCCUCGCCAACGACUGGCAGGCAGGACUCGUCCCUCUCUACCUGUGCUACAAGUAUAGACGGCACAACUGCUACUCCCAGGCGAGAUGCAUCUAUGUCAUCCACAACAUGGGCUACCAGGGCCAGUACCAUGGCUGCGACGCUUGCAGGUUCUUCGGCAUCGACGACAAGGCAGCCGGAGACCUGGUGCGUGGCAACUGCAUCAACCUGUCCAAAGGCGCAGACCGGGUGCUGACUGUGUCGCCCAACUAUUCGAAAGAGAUCCAAACGCCGCACGGGGGCUUCAACCUGCAGGAUUUCGUUUCAGCGAAAGCCGCAUCCUUGCGGCUGGCGGGAAUCCUGAAUGGCAUCGAUGACUGUUGGGAUCCGGCAGUGGAUCCAGACAUCUUCGUCAACUUCAGCGUCGAGGACUUUGAGCAGGGAAAGCAAGAGAACAAAGUGCAGCUACAGCGAACGCUGGGACUGGAGGAGAACCCUGAGUUGUGCCUAAUUGGCUUCGUUGGACGCCUCACGUGGCAGAAGGGUGUGGAUGUGCUCGCGUCAAUGAUCUCCUGGCUGAUGCAGGACACGGGCAACGGCGUCACCGGCCAUGUGCAGCUGAUAAUGAUGGGAAAUGGGGACCGGCAGUACUCUGAGACGCUGAGAUGGGCCGAAACCAACCACCGCGGCCGCAUCUGCGGCUAUGUCGGUUUCGACCCCAAGGUGGAGCACCAGAUGAUGGCGGGUUGCGACCUGCUGCUGAUGCCAUCCCGCUACGAGCCCUGCGGCCUCCCUCAGAUGUACUCCCAGAUGUACGGGACGCUGCCCAUCGUUCAUGCCACUGGAGGCCUCGUCGACUCCGUGAAGGAUAUCUCCGAGGGCAUUGAGGUGGCAACGGGCUUCCAUGUCAGCCCGCUGAGCUCUGACACGCUGAAGGAGACCGUGUACCGGGCUGUGGAGCUGAACCUGAAGCGCAGGGAGGACUUCUGUCGGAUGCAGCGCACGGCGAUGCAAAGUGAUUACUACUGGCCCAAAGCCAUGGACGAGUAUGAACGGCAGAUAGACAUCGUGCUCUACGAGCAUGCGACUGUCCGUUGA